AUGUCAGAAGCAGUUACUUCGCUACAAACUCAACACAACACCACUCACAUUUUCAGAUCAAAAUUACCGGACAUACCCCUCCCCAGCAACCUCCCCCUCCACACAUACUGCUUCCUUAAACUCCCCGAAAUCCCCCACCGCCCAUGCCUCAUCGCCUCCGCCAGAACCUACACCUACGCCGACACUUACCUCGCCUCGCGGAAGGUGGCCGCCGGCAUGUCGAGGCUGGGAAUCCAGAAGGGCGACGUCGUCAUGAUUCUCCUCUGCAACUCCCCAGAGUUCGUGUUCACCUUCAUGGCGGCCUCCAUGCUCGGCGCCGUCGCCACCACCGCCAACCCCUCCUUCACCCCCGCUGAAAUUUCCAAGCAACUCGCCGUCUCCAACGCCAAACUCGUUGUCACCCUCUCGGCUCACGUCCACAAGCUCAACCAGCACGCGCACCGCCAUUUCUUCAAAGUGGCCACCGUCGACUACCCGCCGGAGAAUUGCGUGAGUUUCCCGGAGGGCGAGGAGAGUGAGGUUCCGGAGGUUGAGAUAUCGGCGGAGGACGCGGUGGCGAUGCCGUUUUCGUCCGGGACGACGGGGCUGGCGAAGGGGGUGGUUCUGACGCACAAGAGUUUGGUGACGGGCGUGGCGCAACAGAUGGAGGGAGAGAACCCGCACGUGUACCUGAAGGAAGAGGACGUUGUGCUUUGCGUGCUUCCUCUGUUUCACAUAUUCUCCAUGCACAGUGUGAUGAUGUGCGCGCUGAGAGCGGGAAGUGCCAUUCUGUUGAUCGAGAAGUUUGAGAUGAGGGCGAUGCUGGAGGCGAUAGAGCGGCACAGGGUGACGGUGGCGAUAAUGGUUCCGCCGUUGGUGGUGGCGCUGGCGAAGAACAAAGCGGUGGAGGAGUACGAUUUGAGUUCGAUACGGAUGGUGAUGUCAGGGGCUGCGCCGCUGGGGCAACAGGCAGAAGAGGCUCUGCGGAAUAGGUUGCCCAACGCCAUUGUUGGACAGGGGUAUGGGAUGACAGAGGGUGGUCCUGUGUUGGCCAUGUGUUUGGGGUUUGCAAAGUAUCCAUUCCCGACCAAGUCAGGCUCAUGCGGAACUGUUAUCAGAAAUGCAGAAUUGAAGGUCAUCCACCUUCAAACUUCCUUUCCUCUUCCCCGUAACCACCCUGGCGAGAUUUGCAUCCGUGGCCAACAGAUCAUGAAAGGAUACCUGAAUGACGAGAAGGCCACUGCAGCAACCAUUGAUGCAGAUGGUUGGCUUCAUACAGGUGAUAUUGGCUACGUGGAUGAUGAUGAUGAGAUUUUCCUUGUUGACAGGGCCAAGGAACUCAUCAAAUUUAAAGCCUUCCAGGUGCCACCAGCAGAACUUGAAGACCUUCUUAUGAGCCAUCCCUCCAUUGCAGAUGCAGCUGUUGUUCCGCAAAACGACGAUGCUGCGGGUGAAGUUCCAGUGGCUUUCGUGGUGAGCUAUGAUCUUACAGAAGAGGCUGUGAAGGAUUUUAUAGCUAAACGGGUCGUGUUCUACAAGAGACUGCACAAGGUUUAUUUUGUUCAAUCAAUUCCCAAGUCUCACACUGGAAAGAUAUUAAGAAGAGAACUGAGAGCAAAACUGGCCCGCAUUAUUCACAACACCUAG